AUGUCCGGGGAUGCCCGGGUCACCUUUGCCUUCUCUCUCCCACCUGCCCCGCAGUAUGUGGCCUUCGCCUCCCUCUUCUUCAUCCUCAUCUCCAUCACCACCUUUUGCCUGGAGACCCACGAGGGCUUCAUCCACAUCAUCAACAAGACGGUGACGCAGGCCUCCCCGAUCCCCGGGGCCCCCCCGGAGAACAUCACCAACAUCGAGGUGGAGACGGAGCCCUUCCUGACCUACGUGGAGGGCGUGUGCGUGGUCUGGUUCACCUUCGAGUUCCUCAUGCGCAUCACCUUCUGCCCGGACAAGGUGGAAUUUCUCAAGAGCAGCCUCAACAUCAUCGACUGCGUGGCCAUCCUGCCCUUCUAUCUCGAGGUGGGCCUGUCGGGCCUCAGCUCCAAGGCCGCCAAGGACGUGCUGGGCUUCCUGCGGGUCGUCCGCUUCGUGCGCAUCCUGCGCAUCUUCAAGCUCACGCGCCACUUCGUGGGGCUGCGCGUGCUGGGCCACACGCUGCGCGCCAGCACCAACGAGUUCCUGCUGCUCAUCAUCUUCCUGGCGCUGGGCGUGCUCAUCUUCGCCACCAUGAUCUACUACGCCGAGCGCAUUGGCGCUGACCCGGAUGACAUCCUGGGCUCCAACCACACCUACUUCAAGAACAUCCCCAUUGGCUUCUGGUGGGCCGUGGUGACCAUGACGACCCUGGGCUACGGAGACAUGUACCCCAAGACGUGGUCGGGGAUGCUGGUCGGGGCGCUGUGUGCCCUGGCGGGGGUGCUCACCAUCGCCAUGCCCGUGCCCGUCAUUGUCAACAACUUCGGCAUGUACUACUCGCUGGCCAUGGCCAAGCAGAAGCUGCCCAAGAAGAAGAAUAAACACAUCCCCCGGCCCCCGCUGCCCGGCUCCCCCAAUUACUCCUACCCUCCGGGGCCCCACUCGCACCCCGGGCUGCUCAGGGGGGGAGCGGGUGGGCUCGGGAUCAUGGGGCUGCCCCCUCUGCCAGCCCCUGGGGAGCCCUGCCCGUUGGCUCAGGAGGAAGUGAUUGAGAUCAACCGGGCAGAUCCCCGCCCCAACGGGGACCCAGCAGCAGCUGCGCUCGCCCAUGAGGACUGCCCAGCCAUCGACCAGCCCGCCAUGUCCCCGGAAGACAAGAGCCCCAUCACCCCUGGGAGCCGGGGCCGCUACAGCCGGGACCGAGCCUGCUUCCUGCUCACGGACUACGCCCCUUCCCCUGAUGGCUCCAUCCGGAAAGGUUACGAGAAAUCCCGCAGCCUGAGCAGCAUCGCGGGCCUGAGCGGGGUGUCCCUGCGCCUCGCACCCCUAGCCACUCCCCCCGGCUCUCCCAGGGCCGCCCGCCGCGCUCCCCCAACCUUGCCCUCCAUCCUCUAGCGCUCCCCUCCCCCCUGUGGGGGGACUCGGGGGUGACAGGGAAGAAGGUCACAGGAGCUGGGGGUGGGGGAAAGGGUUUUUUUAAAAAUUCAAAAGUCAUUAAUAAUAUGCAACGGAGACGACCACGCCAGCAGACACCCCCGGGCCCCUCACCCCCACCUGGGCCCCAGGAUGGAGGGGGAGGGGCCAAAGCCCACGCCCUCCAACUCUCCCCCCACCCAAAUAAAGCCUUCUCAGGUCUCCAUGAGCCAUAGGA